AGAUAAGCUGGAAACAAAAAUGGAACGGGUAGGAGGAGCAUCUUCUGUGAGGAUUGAUAGGAAAUCCUCCAUAGAUUCCGAACCCAGAACUUUGAGCAUCGAUCAAAUCCACUAUGCCAGGGAGGCAGCGCUGUAUGUGAUGAAAACUAUGUCCAUUGAAGAAGCAAUGAGUAAUUUCACGCAGGGAUUAGAACCAGUUGUUAGUGCUGGAAGGUGUAAUAAAAAUAAUGCAAUAUUGAUAGAUACAGGUGAAGAGCUGGAGCAUGCAGCUGGAGAUCAUCACCAUCCACCUGGACGCAGGGAUAUUGCAUCUGCACCUUUCUAGUUUUUAUUUUUAUUUUUAUUAUUAUAUCACAUACUAUGCCAAUUUUUUGUCGUCUUCUUCUUAAUUUUGAUCUUUUGUCAUGUAAAGAGGUUCGUCAUGUACAGGAUGGAAUUUUGCCUAAUUUCCAUGAUCAUCCUAUUUGAUUGUUUCUCA